AUGUAUAUUGUAGAAUCUAGAUCGACAAGUGUUUUAUUUCUGAUAAAAAUCUAUCGAAAAGCUGGAAGCAUUAUACACUUCGAAAAUUGGAAAGCUUUUAGAAGCUUAUCUAACUUAGAUGAUUUAGGACCCCCACUGUUUUGUCAAAAAUAUAUUUUUGUAAAUUCUAUUACAGGGGUGCAUAUAGCAACUUGA